ACUUUGGCAGAAGUCACACGGUGGCUGCACUCUUCAGUCGAGAUCAACUUCAAGUGCAUGACCCGGUCGACUCAAUGUAAACGUAAAACAGCGAUAAGGACUCUUGCAGCACCACAAGGCCAUAGUGUCAAGUGCUAUUCUUCUUCGUCGGUGGACAUCUGUGACACAUUUUAUGACUGAAUGGUGUGGAAGUAGUGGACCCAGGUGGCCCAGCGUAGCCCUCCCCUGGUUGGUAAGGUAUGGCCUCGGUCGUCGGGGAAACACACGACUUGACGUUCGGUCCGUGUCGGUGCGUCAUCGCGAACCGGCGGUUGUGUCGACGGACGGAAGCCCGCACGUACCAGGCUGCGGGCUGCGGGCUGCGGUUGGUCAACAACACCUCUGGCGGUGUGUUAACCCCGAGUGAAUUCUGCGGUUGUCACGUCCAGCGACACUUCCCUUAAAUCCACGUUUGUAAACUCCUGUCGCCAAACAACCAACGACAACAACAACAACGACGACGACAACGGCAACAACGGCAACAACAGCGACGACGGCCGCAAGAUUCAAAAGUCAAAGCGGAAGAAACGACCCGUGAAAAACAGCUCGUCGUUACUUUUAAGCACUUUCGCUUCUGAAAAAGAAACGUUACGCUGAUUCAAACGGAUAAUUAAACCUCUGUCCUCAGACUUUUACUUACUUUUCCAAACUAUUUUCUUCAGCCCGUAAUCCGAACCCGCCGCCAUCUUUGGGUUUUUUUCUCUCUCUCUCUCUCUCUCUCUCUCUCUCUUUCGCACCUCUUCCUGUCGCGUGACGUCGCACUCUGACGUCAACGGCGUCAGCAAGUGUGCGACGCUUUUUGAAUAUGAUUCACUCACAAAUAUCAAGGUACAAAUGACUUAUUUAAAUGAUAACGAAACAGUUAGUAAAACAUACAGUUAAAUACAUUAAGUAUCAAAUGAAAAGUAAAAACCAACAAAUAAAUAAAUGAAACCUUUUUAUACAGUCUAUGGUUUUGCGUGUACUGACUGUCCACAAGAUCCUUUUUCCGUCUUCCUCCACAAGUCCCCUUUUUUUUGUCCUCUGAGAUUUUAUUAAACAAAGAUAGUGGAUUUUGCCUCCUACCAUAUAUCCCAACAGAACAUGCAGGCUACAGGUACGUACAGAUCUCCCAACAGAACAUCGCAGAGCAGCUUACAGAGGUAUGAACUGUCCCAUGUAUCAGACAGUGUUGUCAAGCUCUGCUCUGAUUGGUCCAGUCUGAGAUCACAACCACCGGAGGGAUUAAUGUGUUUUCAUAUUUAUAUGAUCAAGCAUCUGAAGAAGUUAUUUUGAUUCAUGUUGUAGGCUAUGUCUUUGGUAUUUAGUAAAAUGUCUAACAAGAAAAUGACUUAGAAGUUUAUAAAAUACAUUUAUACCCUGAACAUAUCAGUGUGAAAAGGUUUUGUAUCGAGCCCUCUAGCUGCACGGGGAAAUCCUGACUCCUGUUCGUGCCACUUUUCUCUCCUUGACUACAUCCUUGAAUAUAGAGUAACAUGCCGUUAGCUACAGAUGUUUCCUUCUCAUGCUAUUCAUCCCCCCCUUACAUCUCUCUGCCUCUCUGUGAUUGGACAUUUGCAACCAGUGGGAGGGGCCAGAUGCAGGUAUUUCAACUGACACACACACACAAGGAAAAGAUAAAACAGAAAAGAGUGAAGCAGUCUAGAAAAUAAAAAAAACAUCUAAGAGAAGCUGCACACUGUGAGGAACAGUGAGAGUAGUAUUUCCAGAGACAGACGAGAAGAAUGGGCGUUCUGAAGUGGCUGGCGAUGUUUGUCUUGCUGGGCAUAUGCUCACAGGCUGUGACUGCAUCAGCUUUCCAAGUGUCCGUGUUCUCAUCAACAUCCAAGACCAUGAUUUUGAGAUGGACCAGGGUCUCUGGAGCCAGCUCAUACAAGAUCUCCGUUGCCCCCAAAAGCUCACCGAGCAGCCCCGUCGCUUUUGCACAGUUUGGCCCAAACAUAGUGAUGGGCUCCAUCAACUCUCUGUCCCCCAACGUCGACUAUGUGUUCACAGUUUUCGCUCUGGGCAGUUCCCAGGAAACACUGAGCCAUGCAACGGUUGAGUCGUCGACAGCCCCGGAGAUGAUGGAUCCCAUCCAGACAGUGAAGCCAAAGGACAGCAGGACCCUGAUGGUGGAGUUCACCUCGAAGACAGGCGCGACGCACUACAUCGUACGCGUCCAGGACUCCAAUGGCUUCCUCAGAGAGGACACGGUGUCCUCCUCCCCCGCCGAGAUCCAGUCCCUCACGCCGUACAGCGAGUACACGCUCAGCAUCAUGGCCGUGAGCGGCGGAGGCCGCAGCCAGCCGUCCCCUUCUGAGACGGCAAAGACAGUUCUGCCUCCUCCUCAGCUCGCCGCCUCCUCUCCCUGCAACGACAGCAUCAUUGUGUCCUGGGCUCCCGUUGCUCACGCUGUCCAGUACACGCUGUCCGUGUACAAGCUCGGUUCAAACAUCAACACCAAGCACAACACCUCCAACACCAAUCUGACCAUCUGGGACCUGGACGCCGGCUCACUCUACGUCAUCAGUGGCGUCGCCUGGGACCCCGAGGGCCGAAAGGGAGAGGCCAGUUUACACAUCAACCAGACAACGCGACCUCCGACACCAUCUCUCGUCAACGUCUCUGUGGCGAUGGGCGACGGCGUGGCCGAGCUCUCCGUGUCCUGGGAGCUCGACCCGGGCGCCCACGGGCCCGUCGAGUAUCUUGUGUGGAGCGACCAGAACCUCACCUGUAACUCCACGUCCAGCUCCUGCAGCCUGUCUCCAGUGGGCUGCGGCGAGGUGCACGCAAUCCAGGUCACCGCCUCCAACGUGGCCGGGCCCAGCUACCCGUCCAGCCCCAGAGUCUUCAUCACCUUCCCCUGCCCACCAGAGUCCUUGGCCCUCGCGGAGUCGACCGGAGGCAACUGCUCGCUGGCGUGGAACGCGGUGCCCCACGCCGACGGCUUCAUGGCCUUCAUCAAGAGGAGCGACGGCGGCGAGGAGACGUGCAACACCACCGGCAACAACUGCACCUACCACUGCCGGUGCGGCUACACGUACGUGAUGUCGGUGCUCGCGUUCAACCAGGCCGGCGCCAGUCCUCCGGGAGAGAACUUCAACUACACCACCUUGCCCUGCUGUCCAGAGGGCGUGGCGGUCUCGGCGGUGAGCACCGACACCCUGGAGAUCACGUGGACGGCUUCGCGGGGGGCGGAGCUGUACCAGACCCGGGCCGCGGACAGCGCAGAGGUGGUGCUGUGCAACGACACGGCGCCGGUGUGCGCCCUCUCUGACCUCAGCUGCGACAGUGCCUACAGCGUGGUGGUGACGCCCUGCAACGACGUGAGCGGCUGCAACCGCGCGUGCAAACCUCACGCCAGAGACACGGCGCCCUGCAUGCCGGCGAACUUGGUGCUGAACCCGAGAAACUCCUCCUGCGUCAGUGUCAGCUGGACGGCGAACAACAGGGCGGCCAAUUACACCGUGAGCGCGUUGGGAGACGACGGCAGACACACGUGCACCACCACCGGCAGCGGCUGCGACAUCGCCGACCUGCCCUGCGGCUCCACCUAUGAGGUCAGCGUCACGGCGAGCGGCGCCGCCGGACAGAGUUUACCCAGCUUCUCUGAAACUCUGGAGACAGAACCGUGCUGCCCGCUGAAUCUGACGGUGGCCCAGGUGACUCAGGCCAUGACCAACGUCUCGUGGUCCCACGCCAAAGGGGCCCACUCGUUCGUCACGUCGCUGACGUCGCCGCGCGGCCACGCCCGCUGCCACGCCCAGGACUCCCACUGCCUCAUGGGAUGCAUCACCUGCGGCACAAACUACACCGUCACCAUGGAGGCGUUCAGCCGCAGCGGGCGCAAGGCCGACUGCACCUAUCAGGGCUUCUCGUCCAGUGCCUGCUGUCCCUCGGGCGUCAGGCUCUUCCGGAUGGCCGGUAACAACAUGCGGGUGUCCUGGCGCAGCUCCGGCAGCAGCCACGGCGACGUCGCAGAGGUGGUGGAGAGCGGCGGCGGCAGCAACUACACCUGCUCCGUGUCGCCCGGCGGAAACAGCUGCGACGUUUACAACAUCCAGUGCGGCGACAUCUACCACGUGGUGGUGGCCCCGCUCACACCAGAGGGCGGCAAAGGGAUGUUCUGUCCUCAGAGGAUGUACUCAGUAACUUGCUCCAACAGCAACAUUGGCGCAGUCAUUUACAGAGGGAAGAGAAGUGUGGACUAGCAUCUGCCUCUUCUGCACAGACGUUCCAUCUUCAUCUUCUCCAUCCUCCACUUCCUCCCGAUUCAUCCUCGCUCGUCAAGCUGAUCAAUACAUAGAAGAACGACUGUUAACCAAGAAUAAGCACGUCUGUCUUUUGGCCAAGAUAUAAAGUGAUGAUGAAAUUAAUGUUUUACGAUAUUGUUCAGUGUUCGCCUGCCUUGAAACAAUGUUCAAGCAAAGUAGGACGGCCCGGAAAAAAACUUUGCUGUGCCCUAAACAGACAUGAAGAAGUAAAAUAUGAGAAAAACAAGGACAGGCGGACAACAGGAGUAUAUUUAAAUAAAAAAGACAAAACUAUGGUAUGAAUUUGGUAAAAGUGAAAAAGCUUCUUUUCAAUAAUAAUUUUAUUCACAAAGAAAAAAAACUAAAUUGACAUUCUGUGCUGAUGAACUGACUUAAGUUGAUUUUAUCCCCAAACUACAAAUGAAUUAUCUAAUUGACGAAAAUUAAUUAGUAAAAACAGUAACACUGCCCCAACCAACAUUCUACAUCUUUCAUGAAACCUUUUGCCCCUUUAUUUUUUAAGAAGUAUUAAUUUGAGAAUUGACCAAAUUAUAAUAAAAGUCGUAGCUCCGACCCGAAGUUAGAAGCCUCCUGACGGUUAGUGGCUGACGCUGUUGCUCCUUCUCAGGAUGAAUCAAACGUUUCAGAAUCAUGUGUCACUGCGCUUGUGUAAACCACGUUUCUGCUAUUAAAAAAAUUCCCAGCAUCA